AUGAAUACUAUCAAACCAAACAAGGGUUUUGCAGCCUGCAAACAUCAAAGGAGAAAGUGUUCAUUAAAAGAUUGUCUUUUAGCUCCUUAUUUUCCGGCCAAUAAACCAAUAAAGUUUCACAAUGUUCAUUGUUUGUAUGGUGUUGUUGGCAUACUGAGGAUUCUAAAUGAAGUUCCAGAAGAGAAGAGAGAUUUAACAAUGAGAACAAUUAUUUAUGAGUCAAAUGUUCGUGCGAUAUAUCCGAUUCACGGAUGUGUUAAGGUUAUUAAAGAAUGUUGUGACAAGAUUAAAGAGAAUUUUGAAGAGUUAUAUCAAGUAAAAAAGUUACUAUAUUAUUGUAAAGUAAAUCAUUUACAAUCACAAAUUCCAAAUCUUCAACCACAUUUUUCAAUGGGUCAUUCUUUGAGACCUUCUACAAGUUCUCUAAACCCAAAUCUUCAACCACAUUUUCCAGUGGAUCAUUCUUUGAGAGCUUCUACAAGUUCUCAAAUUCCAAAUCUUGAACCCCAAUUUUUAAUGGAUUAUUCUUUGAGAGCUUCUAUUAGUUCUCAAAUUCUAAAUAUUCCAAUAUUUAACAAUGUUGGUGAUAACCCUAAUUAUUAUCACAAUAGUGAAAAUAAUAUAUAA